CGUUAUUCCAUCUAACUGGUCACAAUCACUUAUCGUCCCAAUAUAUAAGAAAGGGUCAAAAUCAUCCUGUGACAACCACAGAGGGAUUAGUUUAACUAAUAUAGUAUCUAAAAUAAUAGCCUCGAUAAUUAUCAGACGCCUAACUAAGACUCGUGAACUGCAAACACGAGAGAAUCAAGCUGGUUUCAGACCUGGUCGUGGCUGCAUCGACCACAUAUUCACCAUUCGUCAGGUUCUAGAACAUAGGGAUACUUAUCGGCGUCUGACAAUAGUGGUCUUUCUUGCUUAGAAGCAGCAUUUGACUCUGUAGACCGCGAGAUUCUGUGGCAGUGUCUGCCAUUGAAAGGCGUACCUCAGGAGUACAUAAACCUUGUGAAAGCUCUUUACUCGAACACUACUAGUCGAGUCAGAGCUUAUGGGGAACUGUCAUCUGCUUUUGCAACCUUAAGUGGUGUCCGUCAAGGCUGUCCACUUUCUCCAUUUUUGUUUAACUUAAUCAUAGACCUAUUGAUGGAAAUAACAUUCUCAUCUACUGAAUUCUCGGGUAUUGAUCUCCUUCCAGGAGGUCCACUUAUCGACUUAGAAUACGCAGAUGAUAUAGUCCUGUUUGGUGAAGACGCUGGUGAAAUGCAGAGUCUUUUGGUAGCACUAAGCAACAAUGCCAGAAUGUUUGGAAUGCGCUUCUCUCUCUGUAAAUGUAAGUUGUUGUUUCAGGACUGGUCUGCGUCAACACCUGAACUAAGGAUAGGGAGUGAACUAGUCGAACGCGUUGACAACUUCACUUAUCUUGGGAGUCUGAUCAGCCCUAAUGGGUUGGUGUCUGACGAAAUCUGAGCACGGAUUCAGAAAGCUCGCUUGGAUUUUUCCAACUUACGUCACCUAUGGCGAAGGCGAGAUAUCCGUUUAUCAAUAAAAGGACGAGUAUACUGCGCGGCAGUUCGUUCUGUUUUAAUUUACGGCAGAGAAACAUGGCCAUUAAGAGUAGAAGACACUCGUAAGCCACUAGUAUUUGACCACAAAUGCCUUAGAAAUAUUACUCUCAUCUGCUGGGAUCACCAGGUAAGUAAUAGUGAUGUUAGACGCAGGGUAUUAGGGAACGAUGGUAAGUCAGUUGAUGAGGUUGUGAAUCUCCUUCGACUGAGAUGGUUGGGCCACGUGUUACGUAUGCCCGAACACUGAUUACCACGACGUGCGAUGCUAACCGGUGUUCGGGAUGGUUGGAAGAAAGUUAGGGGCGGCCAAACCAAAAUGUGGCAUCAGUGCUUGAAGUCACUAGCUUCUAGUCUGAGCCAUGUUGGUAGAUGCAGACUACUUGGUUGGGGUCCGCGUGACGAUCGUAACCAAUGGUUGGAGACUCUUGGUGACAUGGCUCAGAAUCGAUCACAAUGGCGUCGGUGUAUACACUCUGUCUUCCCUUAAACGAUGAGAUUAAAAUCGCUUCAUAUCUUCCGUUCUACGAACUAAUUCUUUCUUCCUGUACUAUGUCCUUAUUGAAAUAUUUCUUUUAUAUAUUACCACCAUUGAAGUGACUACUCCUAUGAAUCCGGUGUUCAUCUUGUGUUAAUGAGGUAUGACAACUUGGACCGCUGUAUAUAUGUGCCUGGUCCUACGUUGUAGCUGACUGACUGACUAAUGUUUAUGUGUUUAAAUAAAUAAUAAUAAUAGACGUAAUAGUGAAGAUUUCAUAAGUGUCGCUACUUUGAAAAUCGAACUUUGUUCACGUGUUUUGCAUACAAAGUUCCAACUGCUUUAAUGCUGCGCAUUAUUUAGUGAUUCUGGUUAAAAAAACGGCGAAUCUGUUAUUUCACGACAUAUUGCCACAGAAUAAUGGAUGAUAUAAUACAUGCUUGAUUCCCUGGGGUUUUAUAGUCUCGAGACGGUCGGAAGUCAAUCAGAACAAAUGUCAGUUGAGUUCUUGUCGGGGUUUUUGAUUAUGUUCAUAAACAGCAGUGCCUAAUUUCGUAAGAUAUAAGAUUACUGUUGGGUGCUUUGGGUGACCAGAUGUUUCUUCACUCAUGUGUUUCAUACACCUUAUUUAUUUAUUUAUUUAUUUAUUUAUUUAUUUAUUUAUUUAUUUGAACACAUGAAUGUUGGCACAAAGGGGCACUGAAUGCAUAUGCACCACAAGCCACUUGAUUUGUAUGUGGGCUAUGAUAUUGGGCGGGUGCCCAGACCAAAGCAGGUGGUUUUCUUAGGAAGCCACACCCGGAGCCUUUGACCAGAAGGUCUGAUCCACAAGGCAGUGGAGCAUCGUAAGGAGAUCCAGUCCCAUGGUAGCUGGUGACCAACGAUUGGUUCAUAUGCCAUUUGUUAUUUUAGGAUAUUGGAACCAUGUGCACCAUGGGUUUGGAAUCAGGGUUUUCCAAAUCCACUAGGUGGACUCUCUUUGUCCACCAACCCGGUUAAAGCUCCGGACAUCGGCUUUUCGUCCUCUCAAUUUCGUAAACAACAUCCUCGCAGCAAGAAGGCAAUGAGUAGGAUUUCCUUGUCAGCGGCUGUGUACGCGUGUCCAUGUGAGAGCAUUUCGAGAGGGAGAGCUGACUCUUUCCACUCUCGGUCGUACUAGGGACCGCUUUAUUUUGUGGCUCCUUAUUCCCACUAAUCCAUUAUAUAAAACGUUUUAUGUUGUGUAAAAUAUUCGUUAAAUCCAUAGAGGAUGAAGUUGUUAAAUAAAUAAAAGCUGAUAUAUUUCGACGUAAGAAAAGAAACAAAGAAGACAGAUAGGGAUUUGCUAUAUACCAAAAAUAAAUCGAAGAUAUGUCUGAACACUGUUUUUUUUAUAUAUUUUUUACACUGAUCAGUAAUCAGAUUUCGAAUAGGUAAAUUGAGUAGCACUUGAAGUUAAUUAGUAUGUAACUUGCUGUAUGUGCACAAUUUACAAUACCGUAAGUUGGGCGACCACGAACUUCUGAACCACUGUCCGGUUCUACCAAAUUUAUCUUAAACAGGUCUUAAUUUCUCCAUUACCAAGUAUUGAGCUUUACUUUACGUCUUAAAUUGAAGUUAAAAUUGGAGACUGACUUUGAAAUCUCUUUUUUUCUGAGAUGCUACAAACUGAAGACUAAAGGAACUUCGCAGUCAAUAUCUCAGUUAACUGUUUUUACCAGCUUUAAGAUUUUUAUGUAUUUUAUCCAGUAACUAUUUGAUUUCACCAGUUAUUUGUAUAGUCUAUAACAUCAGAUAGGUGAAGCUACUUUGCUCCUGACCUCAUGAGGAUCACUGUUUACAUCGACGUAAUGGUUCAUAAUCAAGCAAAAUCACUCAAAUUUACUCUUGUUUUGUAAAUCUUCAAUACUUAUUACUUUCUCUACCUACUGUCAAUCUUCUAGUUAUAUUCUAACUUUAUAAGCCUAACAGUUUACUACUUGUUCUUUUGGAUAAAUUCACCUAUUAUGUAAACUGUCUGUUAGCUUCUAGAUAAAUUUUUACAAAAAGUGUUUGGUUUCUUAAGUGAUUGCAUGUUGGAAAUCUCUUCUUAUUAUUUAACUGAUUAUCAAACUUUAACAUCCUUACAAAUUUAUGUUGUAGGGUUGGCAUCCCUGAGUCCUAUUUCUAUAAUGAUGGUGUAUUCUGUAUGGAGGAGGAUAUUAGCUCUCCUGUGAAAUUCGGGCUAACAGUUGCUCCAAUUCAUGAAACAAAUACGUUAUGUAGAGUGUGUACAGAUAUCAUAUGUGUAUUGCUUAACCAGUCUUUUAUUCUGGAUAUUGAUUUGGAUACUUUUUCCACUCAAAACCCACUUUCUAAUAAGUUUACAGAGGAACAAGAAACAACGAUUAGUAGUUUUUCUGUUAUUGUACUGUGACAACCAUCUGUUUAUAAUGAGUAUCAAAAUCAAAUUGGUUGAGAUGCAUUGGUUAUCACGAUAACCAAUUGCACGAGCAAACUGUAUUACCAUCAAAGUCGUCGGAGAUCAACAAAGUGGUGUCACUCCAGGAUUGUAUAUUUGGACUCCGACCAUGCUGCAGUAUUAACAAGUACAACUGUACGCCUUGUUGGCAGCUGGGAAGUAUGGAAUAAUAAUACUUCUAUAAGGUAGGGUCAUGAAUAAAUCUAAUAAUAAAGACAUAUCUAAAUAAGAACAAACUAGGCAUUUAGUUGAAGCAUGAAAUCUCUGAGAUAUCCUGGAAUGAUCAUAACUGGUGUAAAAACGUCUGUUAUCAACAUUGAGUUAAAAGUCAAGAAUUAAGUAUAUUUGCGCAGCUUUUUAACUGACGUCUUUAAAAGUUCAUAAGUAGUUAUAACCAAUCUGAAAUGCAGAAGAACAACAGAUUUUGGCUGAAUAACUUUACAUAUCUUUAAGAAUAGUGAUCUAUAGUCAUGAUCUGAAAUAAUUGAUCUCAAUCACUGACCUUCCUAGGUUACAUAAACAAACAGGCUUCUUAUCAAUAAUCAAUAGUUAGACUCCUGUUCAUCUAUCUAAGACUGACUCAUAUUUUCCCAUUUUGUUACAAAAAGUGGUUAGUUGAUGAAGAAUCGUAAGUGGAGUUUCAGAGCACUAAUUCAUUUUUCGAAAUAAUAACAGUUUUCUUCCAGCCAUAUACUUGGUUAUUUUUAUUUACUUAAUUUAGCUGGAGUUUAAAUUAAUUGUUUGUAAUAUAACGGGCGAAUAGAAGUAUUUCCUGCUUGCCACGAUAUACUAAUAUUAUAAGAUGAUACAGCUGGUGAUCGAAAUUAUAUUACCACUAGACUGGAUCACGUUAUACUGAAUACGCGAUUUACGAUCAUACAUAAAGAAUUAGAGCGUAGGCUAAACAAUACUUUAUUCGACACAAUUACAGGGAGUCUGUGUUUAGUGAAUCCAGAGUAGAAAUUGUUAUUAGAAAGGAAGUCACACAUUAAACAGUAAGUGUUUACCUGUCUACAAUCAGCGAUCACUCACAUCUUACUUUUGCUAGCCACACAUCAGUCUGAUAGUAAGUCCCUUUAAUACUUUGCAAGGGUUUUUAUUGGAUCCCAUAUACUUACAACCAAUUAGUAGUAUUGAUAUUUUAAGCUGUGAUAUAUUAUUCUUUCAAAACUGUCUUUGAUUUUAGUUCGAAAUUAUCGAUCGCUUGUAUGCUCCACCUCCACCACUUACUUUGUGUUUGUCUCCGAAAGAUUUUGGAGAUCCAGCCGUUAUUGUGGCUCAUGGUAUGAGCAGUGCUCAUGUUCUAAAUGCUGCUCGAAAACGUCAACUAACACGUCUUUCACAAUGGAUUUCUUGCUGGGAUCGUGGAACAAUUCCAUCAACUGAAGAUUUUCUUCUAUUUCCGUAUGAAUUAAUGGAGUUUUCUCGAUUAAUCCUCUCUCUGACUGAACAGAAAUUUAGUUCUACUGUCUUAAGAGCAGUUAAAAAAACUCUAGAUUUAGCUUACAAACAAACUACUCAUAACAAAAAUCCGCCAUUGAUUUCACUCGGUUCCGAUGAUGAAACCAUUCAAAAUGCUUUAAGUAAGUUUUUCUUGAAGUACAAUAAAUUUAAGCUUCAAACAUUUAACAUCAUUUUUAUUUCACCCACGAAUUACUCAACUUUUUAAAAUUUUUAUAAAAAGGUUUUUCUUUGUAAGUUAAUAUAAAUAGUGAAAGAACAAACUGAAGCGAAACGAGUAUUAGUUUGCUAGUUGCUUUUUGGUUACUUUGAAAUGUACAUUUUAUUUAUUCAUUUUUUCAAAAUAUAGUAAUUUGGUCAGUUAGAAACAACGUAGAACUUCGUACGUACGUAUAUCAGUUCGAGUUGCUAUAUCACAUUAGCACAGAGAUUCAGUUGUCGAUUCGAAUCCCGUAUUCGUAGAGGUAGUAAGAGUAUAAGCAGUAAUCGGAAAGACUAGGGUUUGAAGAUGUCAUUCAAGAAGUAUAAUCCAGUGAAAUAAAUUUGGAAAGAGAAAGAAAAAGAAAGGGAUAUGAAGAAUUCAGAAGAUUAGAAUUUGGGAGAACACAGAGUGGAUGCACUUGCGCCAUUGCAAACGAUUUUUCGCCAUGUCAUUCAAGGUCUCUAACCGUCGGUUGGUAUACUCUAUCCUAUGUGUUCGUGAAUAUGAUAGACCAGUUAACAUGUGUCACAAGAUUUUUCAUUUAACCUUCAGUUGCCGUCUACUUUUUAACUGAUAUUAUCUUUUAAUAUUAUAAAUAUAUAACAUCCUUCAUUCUGUAUAGUGUUCAGUAUUGUUAACAAUAAUCGUCAUCUUUGCUGAACUGUAAGAUUAACUAGAUUUCGGGAUCAUUUUAGAUAUUGUGAAGUUCUUUCAAACUAUCUUUAAUUUAAAGGAAACUUAAAUUUAGCUUAUAGAUCAAUUGAAACUCAAACAAAAGUUAUCAUCCGUGGUGAAGAAAUUAUAAAAUUUUAAUGUCUCAGUGAUUGGGAAAUUGGAUUUCUGACGUUUCACGGCUGUUUCUUCACAAACUAAAUGCAUACCAAAUAAACCAAUACAAAUUUAAAUAGUUCAUAAGGUGAAAAACAAUAUGUUUAGUUCAAUUAAAUUAAGUCGGAUCACUUUCAUGUCUUUGUGAUCAAAUGUGAUUCUUUACGAGAUAUACUUAUGUGUAUUCUAGUGAGUGUGAAAAAGUAUUAGGUUUGUAGUGUUGACGAGCGGAGUUGAGUAGUUGUGUGUUUAUUCAUCAGAAAUAUGUGAUUCGAUUUGGGUCAUAGACAAAUGAGCAAUAAUAGACCAUACAUAUGGUUUCAUCGAUAGUACCAUCCGACUACAUAUCUGGCUCAGAUAAGUAAAUGAUAAAAUUAUCGUUAUUAAAAAGGCUUUUGUAAGAAUAUUCUGCAGUGUUAAAUAUUAACUUAGCUUUAAUCAAACUUAUUUAAUGAAUGGAAAAUAAACUCAAUGAAGUACUAGUUCUAAACUAUUUGGUCGAAAGGGAUUCUAAUGCGAAUUUAACUCUGACCGUGUGCUGAAAACUGAAAAAUUCAAAUUGGCAUAUUGACUUUAACUCAAUGCACCCAUUCAGUUCACAAAUUUCACUGUUUGUAAAUUUAUUCAAAAGAGCAACCAAAAUUAUUACAUCGUAACAAGAGAAACAAAUCAAAGAGAAGAAUAUAGUUAGCAUUCUACAGUUUCGGAAUUUACUCAUGAAUAUUAUUUAAAAUGUACUAAAAUCUAAUGAUCUGUUGUUAAGUAAUGAGUCAAAUGUAAUAUCAUGAGUUGGUACUGUAGUUUUACUCUAUCGCCGCGAUACAACAGAACUGCAACAUAUCUUUAAACUACAAAGAAUUAAAGCUUUCUAUCAGAUGACAAACAUGCUUCAGAACGCUUUAAUUUAAAUAAACGAAAGAAUCCAUUACUCCUCGACACAUAAUUAUAUCUACAGAUUAGGAUUUUUAGAUUUUGAUGGUUCCUAUAUUAGAUGGUUAUGUUGUAGUGAGUUCUUUGGCAAAAUGUGAAGACCAUACGUUCAAUACUUCAUUUGCAAAUCCCCCAUCGAUUGUCUCAAAUUUCAUCGCUUUUUCAUUGCCAUAACAAUUACUAACUGUUCCCGUUUUCUUUUAUUCGAUCUUCCCAACUUGUUGCUGCCAGGCAUUUCACCUCUGAUUUGUGUUGUAUACUACUUAUGUCGACAUAAAUAGAAUACACCACAAUGUCGUAAAAGCGCGACUCACACCAAGGAAGAUUUAAGCUACACAAAAGACCUCUUAAUAAUCCUGUUGAACUUGUAAAUCUUCGAAUCAAAUCAGCAGUAUGAGUACAUUCAAUUCUGAACGCCCACCAAAUCGAUAUUAAUAAUUCAAAAACGCUUUUCCAACUGUAAAGGAAUGUGAGCGGCUGAAGCUCUUUAUAUAUUGCUGAACCCCACUGCAUACAAAAAAAACCAAAAAAUAACUAUCCAUCCAAUUUGUAUUAUUUAUCUAUAAAACCACAUAUUUAUUUCUGUUCACAUCUCACACCGCUAAAAAACAUACAAAUAUUCAACUCUGUUCGUAAACAGUACAAGUAUCAUACUUUUUCACACUCACUAAAAUACACGUAUGUGUGUCUCAUAAAAAAUCACGUUUGAUCGCACUUACAUGAAAACAAUCCGAUUUAUCUUGAUUGAACUAAAAAUAUUUUCAAGUGUUGUGAUGGUUCUUGAGUUUCAUUACAACCACAAACCCAUCAAUCAACCAUUGAAGACUUUGAAUUACUAGAUGGUCGUGUGAGACCGGAGGCUCUGGGUUCGCUUCCCGCUUGCGCAAUCGUUGAUGUAUAUAGCUAAGAAGCCCCGUGCUAGGAUGAAAUGACCGUCCAGUGAUUCCAGGUUUUAAAUGGUGGUCUAACAUUGAUCAAUUCUAGAUUUCAAUAAAUAUAUGCUGCUUGGUUCUUAUGUACUAUUUGAACUUGUAUUGGUUUAAUUUGUUAGUUAUUUAUUCUGUCAAGAAACGACUCAAAGUAAACCGCAAAUCUUUAGGAAUCUAAUUUCCCACUCAUUAGGAUAUUGCGAAUUUAUAUUUCAUUACUAACAAUCUACUCAAUGCUCGAUUUGUUUGGUAUGAUCAGGUCACACCUUGGCAAUAAUACAUACCAAUUAUUGUGGUUAGUUUGUUUAAGCUUAUAGGUUAGGCUUACUGUUUUAUAAUUUGGAAUUAAGUUUUCAAGAGGGAUUGGAUAACUCACAUAAUGUAACCAGUUGUUCGUUGAAUUUGCGUCCUAAUUACUGUUGUACCAAAUGCUUAAUCGUAAUUUUACUCAAUACAGAUGGUGUGUUUAGGCGAUGUGACUGUUGACUUCGGAAAUUAAGUAGAAAUAUUACAGUUGUUUAUAUAUUACAGACGAAGUAGCUGAGACGAAUGAUUUAAGCAAAUUUUCUAUAGGCGUUACUCCCUAAAUUAUUAUUGUAUUUUUGUAUAUAGUUACUUGGUUAUUCCACUGUGGAAUCGCUUGGUAGUUAAAACUUCGUUUCUUAAACUUGUAUAGAUAUAUAUUCCAUUCCAGGAGAAUUCACUAAGGGCCCUGAUUCCAACCUGACGAGCAGCUUACUUUUGGACCAGAACACCUCGGAAAGUAAAGAUUCUUCAUUUGUAUCGGAUUACACUAGCUUUAUACCAAUGAAACGUCGUUCCAGUAGUCCUGGCAGUGUAUAUACAGAUUCAAAAUCAAAACUUCGUUCAUCCGAACCAUUUGUAACAUUUAAUAAUACGAGUCCGGCUGAAGUUGAUGAAAAUUGUCAAUCGUCAAACACUUCUCAGUAUUCUAUGGAAGUAGAUGAUGCGGAUACUUGUAAUCAUAAUGGUUUAAAUGAAAAUCGUAGUUUAAAAGUAGUUUUAACUAAAUUGGAAGCAAAUUCAAACACAUCUUGUAUAAUUGAUGAUGACAAUGAGGGUGGUGAUGUUCUAAGUGUUCAACAAUCUGCUCCUCCUCUAUCAAAUAAAUAUAAUGAAGAAAAUCUGAAUUUUAUGCAUUACUUAUGGUCUGGGUGCGCAGAUCAAAAAUACAAUGCAUUGCCACAUUCUAUAACCACUCCUAAAGAACAGAAUGAGUUAUGUGAGCAAAUGGAAGGUUUGUUAAAUCGUUUACACAAUCCUUGUAUGAUUACGAUUGCUAGAUCUGUGUGUGAUGGUUAUACUCCUACUGAUCAAGUAUCUACCAUACAACUCGGUUUAUUACAAAUGCUUGAUCGUGUUUAUGGGGGUAAUUUGCUUUCAGUCACUUUAGAUUACGAAAAGUAAGUAAUUUUUUUCUUGAUUUCUCUUACAGUUUAUAAGUUGAUCAUUUUUGUCUGCAAUUAUUAUGUCGUCCCUUAUACAACUUAUCAAUAACUUAUUGACUAGAUUCUUUGAACAAAAUAUGACUUCAUACAAAUUCUUUAAACUCUUUAUAUCUCCAGAACAGUAAAACAAGAGAAUACAUUAACAAGAGGAAGAACAUGUGAGAAAGUAUCGACCUUCACUGAAGGAGCACGGAAAAGUGAAAUGAGGUGUGGAUGAAUUAAUUACUCGUGAUCUAAAAUAGAAAGGGAACUAAUUAUCACAUUUAUUUCACUUAAUAAUUUUAAGGUAUUCCACAUCACUACUCAUAGGAACAGCUAGUUUGGUUCCAUUGACACAGAUAUCAUUUAUUGAUCUUCAUGUGGAUACAGUUCGCAAAAAUACAUCAAUAUGUUGAUAGACAAAAAUAAUGUCAAAACUGAAAUAGAUGUGAUAUUGUCACAUUUCAUAGCUGUACAACUAGAGGAAGCCAGCUAAAAAAACGAAGGAACUAAAAUGAUUGUUCCCAUAGGAAUAUGAAAUUAAAAGUGGGAUAAUUUACAGUUAAAAAGAAACAGAAAAAAGGAGUUAGAGAAGUAUGAAGUAAUACUUCAUAUGAGAUUCGAAGAAAAAUAUUUUCAGUGUAACAGGCGAUUUUCAGUCGUAUAAUGUAAACUUCUUGAAUGUGAAUCAAAAUUAUACAAACUGAGAUCAAGAAGUACACAUCUCCACUUACAAACUGUUAUAGCUUGUCAGUCGAAUGCUGCCUGUGAUAUCUGGUCGUCGCUGAUUGUUGUGUCGGAAACGCUUAUCACUUAUACUCGGAACGAGGACCUCUGCGAUUCCCACGACGCGAAAGUAAGAACACAAAGUCUGGUAUAAGUGAAGAUUUAUUAACCCCAAAACACGACGACGACCCUAGUCGAAAAUACACUCAUUUAUAUAUUGAUUGUACACACACUUUGAUUAACAAUUAAGAUGAAACCACAUAUAUGAAAAAUACUUAGUUAUAAAAAAUCACAUACUGAGCAUAGUUCAUGUCAAUGGAAUACAAGAAUAUCGCAUAUUAUACAGAAUAAGAUGUCAUACGAGAAAAGAAAACAAAUAAUACAUUCAGUAAUCAUUACAUUGAAUCAAAACGGAAGUAAUGUUGAACAAAACUCAUAAUGAGUUAAUCAAUCGAAAAUUGACUUUUCUUUCCUUCUUAUCACCUUCCCUUCUUUUUCUUGAAGACUCUAUGUUGAGAUCCAUCUUUAAAUUUUAUGACUUCACAAACCGGAACAACAGUCAAGGACUAUGUCUAUCCAUACUUUAUCUUGAUAUAGUUUCAAAUGACAUCCUACAUAUUUUUACGCUGACAAGUAUAGUUCAGUAGGUUGAUUGAUGCCUAGAUAUGUGUUCCAUAUGUGUUAACCGUUCUAAUUUGCAAAAAUCUCACAAUCUCAUUAACGGAAUAUCUCUUACUUUAACCCAAUAUUGUAUACACAACUUCACUGCUGUUCCGUCGAUACUCGUAUUGUAAGCGAUAUGGAUGAAUGCACACAGUACUUAUACACAUCAAGUUAGUUAUUUGAAUAGAAAAAUAUUAACACUUACACGUGUCUUUCACUGACCUUUUUUGUAAAGGUAUUCACCAUCUUAACCGAUUAAUCACGAAGUACUGUUUCGCAUGAAUUAUCAUUCUCUAAAUUCUCCUCUUGAAAUAAAAACAAAAGAAACUUCUGUUGUAUGAGUAAUCACCAAUACAGAACAUUUAUAAUGGUGAUUUGGCUUUUAGCUGUUAUAUCUGUCUGAUUGAAUAACAUUUCAUUCGGUAUACCUCAGAAGAUUUAAAAAUCAAUUCAAUUUUCACUAUUUGAUUCAUCCGGAACAGUCGUAAUUGACUGAUAUAUUUACAUGUUGAAGAAAAUGGAGUUAAGUAUUAAAAAUUACGAUUUUGUUCUACUGAGUAUUGCUUUUUUCAGUCGCUUAUUUAGAGGAAUAAGCGCAAGCCACAAAAUGUUUUUUGGGCACAUUAAUUUAUUUGUAUUUAAAAUAUUCAUUUCGUAACUCUACUUUUCAGCUGUAUCAUUGUCCAGUUUGAUCUAUUUUCUCAUACUUAAGGGAUUUGUCUAUUUUAACGACAACGAAUUCUGUGCACUUCAUGUUGGAGAAGGUGGACUUUUUAGCGCCCCCAAAUGCCCUGGUACGACCGAGAGUGGGGAGAGUCCACUCUCCCUCUCGAAAUGCUCUCACACGGGCAUGCGUUUAUAGCCUCUGCCAAGGAAAUCCUGCUCAUUGCCUUCUCGUCGCGGGGGUGUUGUUUACGGAAUUGAGAGGACGAAAAGCGAAUGUCCGGAGCUUUAACCGGGUUGGCGGACAUGGAGAGUCCACCUAGUGGAGUUGGAAAACCGUAAUUCCAAACCCAUGGUACACAUGGCUCCAGUACUCUGAGGGAACAAGUGGCAUAUGAACCAAUCGUUGGUCACCAGCUACCAUGGGACUGAAUCUUCUUACGAUGCUCCACUGCCUUGUGGAUCAGACCUUUAGGUCGUAGGCUCCGGGUGUGGCUUCCUAAGAAAAUCACCUGCUUUGGUCUGGGCACCCGGGUAGUAUCACAGUUAUCAGUAAAAAUGCAUUUCUCAAAAAUACUACUAUUCUGAUACCAUAUAGGUCGUUUGGCUCAAAUUUGUGAAUUGUGGUAAUAACGAUGUCCAUUUGAGAAAUCUGAAGUCCAUUCAGUUCCAAAGUUGAUUUUGAUACAUACAACCAAUUAAAUUACAGUAUGUAAAAUAUUAUUGUUUGCUAGCCAGUAAUCUGCGCAUCUGUCUACUAAUUUUAAAUAAUUCAAUAGAGUUUGUGAUGUGACUUAAUUUAUUGCCGAAACUCCUAUAUUAGAAAGGCAUCAAGUUUUGAACUAUUUCUCAUUUUUGGAUUAUCAAUUUGUUUUCUAAGUUAGUAAAUAAAAGGUUCGAUGUUAACUUGGAAGUAUAUUUUAAUGAUGUUUAUUACAAUAAUUUUAGCUAGAAAUCUUUGCGUAUACUAAUAUUUAUAUACGUAUCUAGUGAUUCUUUUUUCUGCAUCGUUUCAGUGCUGAGAGUGACAUAGAAACACUGAAUACAAUGGGAUUUCAUAUCGUUACUCCAGAAGAAUUUCAAAUGGGUGGUCGUCGUAUAUCACCGAUGUCGUGCCUCGCAAGAUCUGAAGGCACAAGUGUUGCUUAUCGUACCGAACCCGGUCGAAAAGAAAUAGUUUGAUCUUAUUUUUCAAUCUGAACUGUCCUUCAGAGUUCCAUGAACAUUCGACAAACCUGAUAUUUUAAUGGUUUCAUUAUUUUCAAAUGAACUUAUUUGGAUUUCUUUGGACGAUUCACUCUAUAAAUUAAAUGUUCUUAUUUUGUUUGCUCCCAUGCAUGAAAUUGGACGUGGGUGAAAAUAGACAGUUCUCCAGAUUCUGAAAUAAAUGGGGAUGUCUGUUUCAAGGUUUUUUUCAUCAUGAUCUCAAUAUUAUCUAUACUCAUCCUACUUUAUUUCAUGUAACGUUCACCUGGUGCUGUAAUCUCUGAACGUGGCGUCAUUAAACAAAACGUUUCCGUCACUGAGACGAAUGGACUAAUGAUACUUUAUUAGCAGAGAAAAUAUUUUGUCACCCCCAGGACUACAAGUGACCUUUAGUUCUCAUGCUCUACGCUCAAUAUAAUGUCCAUAGGAAUUAUCUCUAUUCCAUAAGAGUAAUUCGAUAUUAUAUUGAUUUGGUCCAUAGUUGGACCGAAAUCCCCUAAAUUUUGUCAGAAUAGGGAGUAUGUACGGCUUCUUCACCUCACAUUACUUGUCGGCCAAUGAAACUUGAUUCUAUAGUGUUAUAUAUACUCCAAUGAUUAUGGAUGAGAUAGAAGCCUUGGCGUAAUGUGUUUUUAUGUGUAGUAGCAAUUGUUGGACGGUGCGUAUACGUAGUGC